GAGGAAGCUACCGAUAGCAUGGCGGGGGAGGGCGUCGGGCGGUGCAUACUGGUGGGGCUCCACAUGGACGCCGCCGGCAAGGACGUGCUCCAGUGGGCGCUCGACAAGGCGGCGAGGAGCGGCGACCGCGUCGUCGCCGUCCACAUUUACCGCAAAUCCGGAGACCUGUGCAAGACGAACGCGCUGACGCUGAUCAGGACGCUGGACGAGUACCUGGCGGAGUACGAGGCCAUCUGCAGCGAGAAAGACAUCGUCCUCGUCGGCCGGGUGACGCCGGGAAGCUCGAUCCAAAAGGUGCUGGUGAAGGAGGCCAAGCUGUGCGCCGCCACGGCGGUGGUGAUCGGCGCCAACAAGAAGUACUCCUUCGGUGGCUCGACCUGCCUCGCCAAGUACUGCGCCCGGAAGCUGCCGGCGACGACCAGCGUCGUCGCCAUCCAGAGCGGCAAGGCCAUCUUCGUCAGGGAGGCCCCCAAGCCCCCACUUGGGGCAGAGCCGAAGCCGGUGCUGCGGACGCUGCUGCACCCGAGCGUGGGCAUGGAGCCCAAGGUGAUCAUCCCGAACCCGAACCGGAGCGCGCGGUCCGUGGACUUCGACGCGCUGAGCUGCGGCCACUGCGCCGCGCCGCCGCCGGCGAAGCCCUGCGACGACAAGGCCGCCGCUGUCGUCGAGCAGAGGCUCGGGUGGCCGCUGCUCCGGCGCACGGCCAGCGGCGUGGCGCUGCCGAAGCAGGGGGAGCAGGAGUCGCGCAAGCAGUCGGUGGUGCACUGGGUGAUGAGCCUGCCACGUCGGCCCUCGCCGUCGGCGUCCCCAGAGCCGCCGCUGGAGGGGCUCGCGGCCGACCUGAGGCGGCUGCUCGCCGGCGUGCCGUCCCGGUGCCGGUGGUUCCGGUACGAGGAGCUCUACGACUCCACCAACCACUUCUCCCCAGAGAAUCUGGUGGGGAAGGGGGCGCACAGCCGGGUGUACCGGGGCAGCCUGGCGAGCGGGCAGCAGGUGGCCAUCAAGCUGUGCAGGGCGUCGGCGGAGGCGUCCAAGGACUUCCUCCGGGAGGUGGACAUCAUCACCAAGCUGCAGCACCAGAGGAUCGUGCCGCUCGUCGGCGUCUGCGUCCAAGGCCGCAACCUCGUCUCCGUCUACAGAUACCUACCCAGAGGCAGCCUCGAAGACAACCUGCACGGGAAGAAGUCGAAGUCGAAGCCGACGCUGCCGUGGGAGAAGAGGUACAGGGCGGCGGUCGGGGUCGCCGAGGCGCUGAGCUACGUCCACUCCGGCAGCUCGCGGCCGGUGAUCCACCGGGACGUCAAGUCCUCCAACAUCCUGCUCACGGACGACUUCGAGCCUCAGUUGUCCGAUUUCGGGCUCGCGAUCUGGGCGCCGUCCGGUCUGUCCUCGCUGACGCACAGCGACGUCGUCGGCACGUUCGGGUACCUUGCGCCGGAGUACUUCAUGUACGGCAAGGUGACGGACAAGGUGGACGUGUACGCGUUCGGCGUGGUGCUCCUGGAGCUCCUCACCGGGAGGAAGCCCAUCAGCGGCGACGGCUCACCAAAGGGACACCAAAGUCUCGUCAUGUGGGCGACGCCGAUCCUCAACGGCGGCGACAUCUCCGACCUGCUGGACCCGAGCCUGGACGUGAAGCACGACGAGGCGGAGGUCAGGCGCAUGGCGCUCGCGGCGUCGCUCUGCCUCGGGAGAUCGGCGCGCCUCAGGCCACGGAUAUCGCAGGUACUGAGCAUGCUGCGAGGCGAGGAGGACACGGCGACCAUCGCUGCCGCGGAGCCGGACUGCGUGGUGGACGACGAGACCUACCCGGCGGCGAACGUGACGUCGCACCUAGGCCUUGCGCUGCUGGACGUGGAGGACGCCGAGUCCAUCUCCAGCACCGAGCACAGCAACCUCAGCCCGCUCGAGGAGUACUUGCGAGAACGCUGCAGCAGAUCCUCCAGUUUCGAUUAACUUCGGCUUUCAUUUCUUCUUUUUGGGGUGAGUUGGGUUGUCAUUCGUUUGGUUGAUAAUAUACGAACUCAUGUACAUAAACAAAGUAUCACACCGGUGCCACCAAGAAGCUUCCACCACAAAGAAGCUUCUCAUUGUCCUCAACAAUAUAGUUGAUAGUACAUUGCCAGGGCUCCAGGUAAACAACUGCUUGCUGCAGAGCUUCAGUUAAAGAAAAGUUCGCCUGAUGCUGUAGUUCAGUCGCAACUUUCGAUUCUUUUAUUGGAAUUGGCUAUAACAUUACAUUUUCAGGCCAGAUUUAUCAGAAUAAUGAGAAUUAUUUCAGAGUAACACAACAAUACAAACACCUUAAAUACAAAGUCGUCUGUGGUUCCUUUCACAUGAAAAGAGAAGGCCAAGUACAUAAACAACACUUUGAGCUUGCCAAACUCAUCGUCCUCAAAGAAUAAAAACUCUG